AUGGCGAAUGCGAUUCCGUAUAGCUUGACUGCUACAGGAACAGCAACGCAAACUGAUUGGGACCCUGCACAAAUAUCUCUCUCUGUAGGAGGCGGAUCGUUUCAGGAAUGCCAUAACCGCGACGGGAGAUAUGCGCCAUUCUGCAAGCCAGACAAUGGGUCGGAUGUCAAUGUCGAUGGGAAAUACUACGUGACUUGGGACAGGGAAUUCUUCAGCCAAAAGAAUGCUUCCGUCAGGGUUGUCGCGAACUACGUGAAUGAUACUGGUUAUGGUCUAGUAGCUUUCGAAUCGAGCCCGGUACCAAUCAGUGAUGGUCAAUUCGUAUGGACGAUUCAGAAAGAACAGUUGCAAGAUUUGCAGACGAACAAUGUUACCCUGUACUUGAAUAGGAUUAAUCCUCCUACGGACUCGGCGAGCAGUCUGUCAGUUAUAUAA